CGACAUCUUGUGUGAGGGGUGAGGAUGGGUGCGCGGCGAAGACAUGGCACGAUGAGUGAGGUCCCUUGCCAAGCCUCCACGGGCGACCUCAUGUCUCGAGCCACGGAAGGGUGGCCAGGGACCCAACGGUAAUAACAUGCCGCAUUGCAAGGCGAACACUGGCUGGCCCAACGCCCACAUCAACGCACAUCAACGCAGCACGACGUACGUUACGUCAAAGGUGGGAGAUCCUGCGCUGUGCAUCUGUUGGGGAGGUGCUACAGCAGAAUCUCCUGGUGGCGCAAACGCGCACCCUCCCUCGCUUCUAUCUCGGGCUCACCCGCUUCCACCACCUCCGGGCGUGGCCACAUCAGCCGCAGUCCCAACAGCUCUGCCCGGGGGACGGCUUUCGUUGCCUGGGCCCAGCCUUUGGAGCUGACCUCACCGUCCGUACCAACAUAGGGCUACGCUCUCCGGAUUUUCUCCUUGUGCGAAGACUAUCUCACAGUUCUGCGGCAGUUGAAUCCACUGUAACGAACAUGGAGCGUGGGUGUC